AUGGCUUCUCUCACAACUAACCCCCCUCGUUCCAUUCUCAUUGGCAAGCAAAAGGACCAAGUUCAUGCCAACGUCCGAAUCGUCCAUGGCAAAACCCGCUCCAAUGGUUCUGAUGUCUCAGACACUGAGUAUCCCGUCGUACCUAUUCCCGCAUACCUCACCGACGAAGUGUCAUCGAAUGACAGCUACCGCGCCUCACAGCCUUCGUCUCCGAGAUCCAGCACACCCGAUACUCAGAGAACCUCAGUGAUCAGUCGACCUGGCUCAAAGGGCACUGAUCUCAUCGCUCCUAUUCCCCGUCUUCCUGUCUCGAUUAGCAAUAAUACAUCCGUUGGUUCUCGCUCGGAUGCUGGUCACUCUUCUACUCCUUCAGUUGAUGAUGAGAUCACGCCUGUUCCUCAACCAUCUGCCGAUCGAGAUGCUGUCCCUCAGUUCAAGAGCGAGGGUGCUGAACAGGCUAAGCCCAAGGUUGAGACUGUCGCUGAGGAUGAUGUUGGCAACGCUGUCUUGUUGAAGCGUGGCAGGAGAAAGGUUACAACUCAGAAAUACGUUCUCACAGCUGGCCUGAUUGCAGUCAACUUCAUGUUCAUCUUUGCCAGUUGGUACUGGCCACGAUACUACUACAUCUACCUCCCCUUCAUCUCCUUCCCCCUCGUCCUCAACUGCAUCAUGAUUGCUUCCAUCGCCGUCUUUACCCUCAUCCACUGGGUCAGUCCCGAGGAGCAAAACAAACCCUCGUCCCCCGAGAACAUGAUAUACGUCAUUCCCUGCUACAACGAGACUCUCGAAGAGUGCACUCGCUCCCUCGACUCCCUCGUCAGCCAAACAGGUCUCGAGAACCACAAGAAGGGCAUCAUCGUGAUCUGCGAUGGCCGUGUUCGUGGUCCGGGUAUGACAAAGACCACUGGUGAUUAUCUCAACCAGGAUAUCUUCCUUCACCAGACACAGAGGAAGAGGAUUCGUGGCGCUUAUACUGCUUGGGACGGGCAGCAGAUGGACAUUGAGAUCUCCAAGGGCUUUUACAAAGGUCUUCCGUUCUAUUGCAUCGUUAAGGAUCAGAACCAAGGCAAGCGUGACAGUCUCAUUGUCAUUCGAUCGUUCCUCUACAAGUUCAACACACGUGCCCAGAACCCUGAGUCCAUCUUUUCCCGCGAGUUCCUCGACUCCAUGACUAGCUGGCUUGAGAACGAGGUCAAGAUGGACAAUGUCGAUCAUCUCAUUGGAAUGGAUGCCGACACAGUAUUUGAGAACAAGUGUGUGACUGAGCUUCUCAAGGAGUCCUACUACCCCAACACUGUCGGUGUAUGCGGCUACGUCGCUGUUGACUUCAAAGAUGGUAACUGGAACCUCUGGUCCAUCUACCAAUCAGCCGAGUACACUAUCGCCCAAGGUCUUCGUCGUCUUCAUCAGUCCAUCGCCACCAAAAAAGUCUCCUGCCUUCCUGGCUGCUGCCAGCUCCUCAAGAUCUGUGACGAAACCUGUGGCGAUCUCGUUCUCAUCGAUCUCUUCGGUUACUUCCCCAAGCACAUGGACGGUAUGCUCAAGCGUAUCCGCGCUACAGCCUCAGAGGAUCGAAACCACAUUUGCCAACUGCUCGUCACGUUCCCUCACGCUCAGACGCGCCAGGCUCUUCAUGCUCGUGCUUACACUGACGUCCCUCACUCCUGGAACGUUUUCCUCUCUCAGCGCCGUCGCUGGACUCUUGGUGCGACUAGCAACGAUCUUCUCCUCUUCUGUGCUUGGAACACUCAGUGGUGGGAGCGCAUCGUUGCUUUCUCCAAUGUUCUCACCUGGUCUCUCAACGUGUUCGUCAUUGCAUCGAUUGGUUGUAUGAUUGUCGCUUUCAUGAGUCAACCUUGGUGGUUGAUCAUGUGUUUCGCUGGUGUCAUGAUCAUUCCUCUUCUUUACUAUGUCAUCAUGGCUACUUGGCUUCCUCGCAAUCUUGUUGAGCGGGCACAGUUCAUUUUGGGUCUCCUUGUCUUUGUCUUCUUGGGUCCUUUUCUCAACAUCGCUGUCAUGCUUUAUGCUGUUGUCAACAUGGACAACUUUGGUUGGGGUAAGACCAGGAAGGUCGUCACUGAUGACUCUGAAGAGGAGAGGUCAUCCCAGAAGGAGGGUAUUGUCUCCGAUAGCAGCUCCACUGAGCCCAAGGAGAAGAUUGCUACAGCAGUGUAG